AUGAGUAACAUGGCUACUUCCAAGUCUGGUGAUGUUGAGGGUAACUGCACUGUGGAAGAGCGGGGCAGUCAUUUGCAAGAGUUUAAGGAGAUAGAAGAAAUCAGAAAGUUAAUAGCCGCCCUAAAAAAUACAUGCAUGAAUCAACUAGACCGCGAAAUCUCAUGCGAACGAUUUACAUACAUCAUUGACUCGUACCAAGAACAGCCCUAUCUGAUUGAUCCAUAUUUAGAGUCUGUUUUGAAUCAGUUACUUGAGAUAGUUCGAGAUCAGAACUCACCACCCAUACUUGUUCAUGAAGCCUUCAAAUACCUUUAUUUUAUAACAAAGAUGCGUGGAUUCAAGGUCAUUGUGCGAUUCUUUCCGCAUGAAGUUUCAGACGUGGAGCCAGUUUUAGCUUUAAUGGACAAAGAAAACCCACAGGACUAUGCGAGCUGGGAAACAAGAUACAUGUUGUUGUUAUGGCUGUCCAUUGUCUGCAUGAUUCCAUUUGAUUUGAAGAGGCUAGAUAACACUACUGCACUCGCCAUCAAACAGGGUGCAAGAGCUACAGUUAUGAACAGGAUCCUUCAAGUUGGAGAAAUGUACUUAACGGUAAAUGACAAAUCACGUGAUGCAGCAGCUUAUUUGAUUUCUCGCUUCAUGACACGACUUGAUGUAAAGAAAGAAAAACUUCCUGAGUUUAUCGACUGGUCUCUUCAGAUCUUGCACGAAGCUGAAGCUGAAACAGUCGCAGGAAUGAAUGCCCUUUGUGGCAUUCUCAUGACUCUGGCAUUGCUUUUCAAACAUGGAAAACGUGAAGAUCUGUUAACCUAUGUGCCAGCAGUUUUAGAAAAAGUUCUUGGUGGGGUAUUUCUGUCUGACUUUAACACAGUUCUUCGUAAGUCUGCAAUGAAGAUUUUGCAAAGGCUUGGGUUGACGCUGCUAAAAAGCAGAGUGACAUCAUGGAGGUAUCAAAGAGGAAAUAGAUCUUUAUCCGCUAAUCUACAGCAAAAGAAAGCACUGGUGACUGGACCUAUUCAGACUUUGGAGGUUCAGAAUGACGAUGAAGAAUUUGAUGUUCCUGAUGAAGUGGAAGAUGUAAUAGAGCAUCUGCUGGGUGGACUGCGAGACAAAGAUACUGUUGUAAGAUGGUCAGCGGCUAAAGGGAUUGGCCGAAUUACAGGAAGACUACCCAAAGCGCUUGGUGAUGAAGUUGUAGCCUCUGUGUUGGAACUUUUCAGUCUGCAAGAAACGGAUGGUGCUUGGCAUGGUGGAUGCUUAGCUUUGGCUGAACUUGGGAGACGUGGGCUGCUGUUACCGCACAGACUAAAAGAUGUGGUGCCGGUGGUGCUGAAGUCUCUGGUGUAUGAUGAGCUGCGGGGUACAUUCUCAGUGGGAGCACAUGUUCGAGAUGCUGCGUGCUAUGUCUGCUGGGCCUUCGCUCGGGCAUACGACCCAGAAGAGAUUGUACCUUAUGUGAAGAAACUAGCAAAUGGUCUUCUGGUCGUGUCUGUGUUUGACCGGGAAGUUAAUGUGCGGCGAGCAGCAUCAGCAGCUUUCCAGGAGAAUGUUGGCAGACAGGGUACAUUUCCACAUGGCAUUGACAUUUUGACAACAGCAGAUUAUUUUGCUGUGGGAUUGAGGACUUCAUGUUACCUAGAACUCAGUGUUUAUAUUGCUCAGUUUGAAGAAUAUACCAAGUCUAUGAUAGACCACCUUGUUCACAUGAAGAUCUCCCACUGGGACAGUUCAAUUCGCUUAUUGGCAGCAAAGGGUCUGCAUAACCUCACACCCAAAGAUCCAGAAUAUCUUGCACAAACAGUGAUGCCACAGUUAAUAGCAAUGACAUCAAGCAUUGAUCUUUAUCAUCGACAUGGUUCCAUCUUAGCAGCGGCAGAAAUCACCCAUGCCUUGUUUCUCAUAGCAGACAGUCAGAAAAAGAAAAUUACAAACUUCCUGUCGGAUUCCACUAUCUCUGGUUUAAAAGAAAUUCCCCAAAAGCUCGAUGAUUCCAAGCUGUUCCGAGGACUUGGCGGUGAACUGAUGCGAAAAGCUGUAAGUCAUUUGAUUGAGAAGAUGUCGCUGUCCAAGAUGCCUUUCCACAAGGAUUCCAGCAUUGAUCACUGGCAGAAAAUCAUUGAUGACUGUCUACACCACAAGGAACCAGAUGUACAGCAAGCUGCUAUUAACGCUAUUCCAGCCUUCCUGUCUGAGUACAGCAGGGAUGAGAAUGGAAAAGCAGAUACAGUAAAGCAAGAUGAUUUACUAAAGAAAUACUUGAAUGAACUGAAAAGCAAUAUGAAAACAUCCAGACAGGGUUACAGUCUGGCGCUGGGUUCACUGCCGAAGUUCAUGCUGCACGGGCAGCUCGAGAAGGUUCUCACUGGCCUCAUACAGGCAGCAACCAUCUCGGAGAGUUAUGUAUCCUGGGCAGAAACACGCAGAGACGCACUCAAAGCAAUUACCAGCAUAAUCAGAACCGUGGGAGUGGAAUCUGAUGGGUCAGUGCAGAAUGUCGUGUGUGGUCAAAACGUGCCGGCCAUCUACAGAGUGUUCCUGGCGGCCAUGUCCGACUACACGAUGGACAGCCAUGGAGAUGUCGGAGCAUGGGUCAGAGAAGCAAGUAUAUCUGGCCUGGAAACUCUCACAUGCAUUUUGUCAGAGAAAGCACCAAAUCUAAUUACACCAGAGACAUGUAAGAAUUUGUGUUGUUGCCUGCUUCAGCAAGCUUGUGAGAAGAUUGACCGCACCCGAGCUCGCGCCGGUUCUGUGUUCAUCAAACUUUUGUAUCACAAACCCACAGUUCCACACGUUCCACAUAGAAGAGAAUUGUGUGUCAAACUUCCACAUGAGGACGUCAAGGAAAUAAACUGGGCUGCUCCAUCAGAGACGUUUCCUCAACUCACUGGACUGUUGUCGCUGUCUACAUUCACAUACAGUGUCCUGCUCGGUCUCACAGUUAGUGUGGGCGGCCUUACAGAGUCCUUGGUCAAAUACUCGAGCUCCUCCCUAUACAACUAUCUACAUGAGAUCUCCGAAGAUUCUUCAGCCAUGGAUGUAUUCAGCCAGACUCUGAUACAGAUAUACAAGGAUUAUCACAGAAAUGAUAGAGUAUCCAUUCCACUGCUGAAGAUGACAGCCCAGCUUCUUUCAAAAGGAUGUUUCCAGUGCUUUGUCGAUGACACUAGCCAUUCGUUCCUGGUGGAGUUAUUAAACUUGGUGAAAAAAGAGAUGUACAGAAGUUCUGACCCAUUCAAACUUAUGGCAGCUGCUGAUGUCUUAACGGAGUUGUUGCAGUUUCGAGAAGAAACCAAAAGGCUAUCUCUGUCAUCACUUAUGAUACUACUUUGUCACAAAUACCCAAGAGUAAGAAAAAGCACAGCUAACAAGCUGUAUGAAGCACUUGUUACAUAUGAUGAUAUAGUGCCUGAGAAUGAGCUGGACAAUGUGAUGACAAUCCUCAGUGAUACAAACUGGGAUACAUCCAUUGAUGAAGUGCGUCCAAUAAGAAAUAAAGUUUGUGAUAUUAUAGGAAUUGUCAGACCAGUCCCAUCCAAGCUUACAGUAACAGACAAACAGAACUGAUGAGUGUGCAGACAGAAUAUAUCACAAUUCAACUGUUCAAUCAGUAACGAUUAGACUGAAGGGACAUCCAAAUACUUGUGACGUUUUAAAGGAGAACCAACUAACGUAACAUCAAAUACUAAACAUGCUAUUGUGAUAUACAGUCAUUAUUCAAUCAGUAAUGAUUAGACUGAAUGAACAUACAAAUAACUGUUGAGUUUUAAAGGAGAAACGACUACAGCAACAUCAACUAUAACAUGGUAUUGUGAUAGUCAGCAGUUAAUUAAUUAAUGAUUAGACUGAAGGAACAUCCAAAUACUUGUGACGUUUUAAAGGAGAAACGACUAACAUAACAUCAAAUACUAAACAUACUAUUGUGAUAUACAGUCAUUAUUCAAUAAGUAAUGUUUAGACUGAAUGAACAUCCAAAUAACUUAAGUUUUAAACGAGAAACGACAAAUGCAACAUAUUAAACAUGUUGUGACAUACAAUCAGAUGGUAUGUCAUUAUGUUGAUGCCAAACAGGCCAUUUAUUUUUAAAUAAGUGUGCCAUACAAAUUUCUUAACAUAAUCUGAAUGAUAAAACUGUAAUAUGUGAUCAGGGCCAUAUCGAAUGGACAUUUUCGCAAAAUUAUGGUUGAUUCCAUAACAAAUAAUGGCCAUUUGGUUUUGGCAAUACAAACUUUACAACUGGCCUCAUAUAUUUAUAAACAAUACUUUCAGCUCACAUUAAAAUAAUUCUGUAUUUAGCUUGUUUUAGUUGUAUCACUUUCGAAACUACAUUCACGCUGCUGGCUCACUAAUCAACAAUGAGAAGCUUUUGGUGUUGGAUCAAGUUCAUUUCCAAGAAACUCGAUCUGUUCGCACCCACUUUAGUAAUUAACUUCUGCUUUCAUCAAAGCAUUAUUGUGAUUUCUUACACACCUGUUGGCAAGAACAUUAUUCGUUAUUUUUGACAUAUAUAUGUGUGUUAACAA